UAUUUAAAAAAAACAUGUAUUUAACUAUUUAAAUUACAAAACUUGCUUGUUCAACUCAAGAAAAGUAGCGGUGGUGCAACUGGCUCCUAACCAUCGAUACUUUGGAUAGUGCCAUCGAUAGUUUUAAGCAGACGUGAAAAAUUCAAGACUGCAAGAGUUGUUUUGAAUUAACUAUUGAGGUUUAUACAGCAUUUUAAUCCAUUAACUGCUGGAAUACCGAAUGACGAAACACCAAAAGGGGAAUUCGGAUGCAAACGAAAAAAAAAUCACUCAACUAUGCCGCGAUGCUACCGGAAAGCUCUCGAAUUGGCCAAACUCAGUGCCAAACUAAAGAGCAAAACCAGUGAUAAUGAUUCCAAUUCCGAUGUCGACUUUUUGGGUGAUGAAGAUACCGAGAAUGGACUAGAGCCGCAUAAACGCCUGACUCUGGAAAACCUACCGCAUUACUCCAAUCCGGCUGUGAACACUGGAACGCUGGGUCAAAUACUUCACCAACUUGACGAGGAUGAGGCGCAGGACUUUCCCAGCUGUUCGGUCACAGUGCCACUCCCCCUUUUCUUGGCCCAAGAUGGACAGACUCCUCGCCUGGAAGCCUGCGUCCAAAGAUGCCAUGCCUACGAUGAAUGGGCGCGUCAAAUGCUGGCAUAUAAAGCUAGUUUCGAUAAGGGCACCAAAAGUAUGCGACAGCGGGAAAAGAAGCAGGAGCAAAAUAUAUACGAUGUGAGUCUGUUUGAGAUGGCCGAGCAUAUCGCCCGGCAAGAAAACGCCUUUUUCCGGGACAGCUACGAUUACUACUACACAGGCGGAAAUCUCAACACGUUGACAUUUGAAAAAGGGGUCGACCUAGCAAUGCAUGUUAGUGGUGAUAAGCUGAGGAAUCUGCACAUUUCAGAGAUUAAUUCUGAGGCAGAGUUGUGGCAUCCACUGCAUUCGGCUAAAAUGGAUGAAACCUCUAGCGAACUCUUUGAACUCCUUCCCCUGGACAGUUGGCGAGGUAAUAACAGUCAUAUGCUCCUGGCGCGCUUUCUAAACGAAGUGUCCUUGUAUGAACUGAAACGGAAAGAGGAUCUGGAAUCCGAAGACUAUGAACUCCUUUGCCAGAGCAAGUUUAGCAGUAAAGAAAUUCCGUUUGUUAGUGCCGCACAAUCAUUGGGUAAUGCCAAUACCUUGGCCUUAGCUUACCAAGAUCGCUCAUUACGCUUCCUGGAUAUUGUGACCCAACAGGAUAUAGCCAAACAUGAUGUUUGUUUAUUCAAAGGACUGAAACAAAACACUAGUACCUGGGCUCAGCUAAUGCCAGCAGAUGGUAGUGCCUUUCACUAUAUCUCACAGCCUGUUCUGUUCACUGUGGAUGUCAGAUGUGAUCAGCCACUGAAUCCUUGCUUCGCCAGUAGCGUUUACUCGAAAAACUGCGAGACUUUCUCUUGCUUGGCCAAAAGUUCGAAUCCGAAUCUUCUGUACGUGGCUAGUAAUCACAAACUCCACUGUUUGGACAUAAGAUGUUUGGGUAAGAAACUGGCCGACCGUUCUGUGGUUACUUGGAACCAUCAGAUGACCUAUCCACCCACUUUUAUGGACACUUGCUCUUACGACGGCAGCGAAUAUAUUGCUCUAGCUGGAGCUCUGCCCACGGAUCAGCGUAUUUGUCAGCUAAAGGGACAUCUGGCCAAGAGUGUGGAUGAAAUGUUCUCGCCUGCAAUCCCAUUUGCUCCUCCGAGCUUAGAAGAAGCUUUAAUAGAUGCUCGAUUGAGAGGUUUUGUGGAUGUCUAUGCUGAUCUUACAGAACGAGUGAAAACCUGCAUAACAGGACUGCGCUUUCAUCGAUUGGAGGAGACUAGUGAUCAAGCUUUCGCCCAGCUCUUAACCGCCAACAGCUUAGGUGAUGUCUACUGCCAAAGACUAAACCUUAGAGACGAAGAGGAAUAUGAGCAGGAGAUCAGAACCGGACUCCAUACCACGGAGGCUAUCCGCUACUAUGCGAACCUUGUUCACGAGCGCGUGCAACGCCAAACCCUCCGAUGCACAGAAGUCCAGUCAAUGCCUGAAAUAAGAGACAUUUUUCGGGAAGGCGCCAAGAGAUCCCAACCAGAUGAAAAACCUGUUAUCGUAGAAGAAAUCGAAAUAGACUAUGGUAUAGAGGACACAGAGGUUUCAGAUAAUGAAAGCCAAAGCUCCCAAGAGCCAAAAACGACGAAACCUAAAAGCAAGGUUAAGGAGAAACCCGGAAAGAAAACAAAGAAAAAACUAAAACGGAAAACCAAAAAACAAAAAUCGACUAAACCGAAUUUUAGAAAGCACAAGGGCAUCAAUCGUGGAUCCUGGCAAAAGUCAGCUUACCAGUUGUCUCACUACAAGGACAAGUUUUCGCUCGGAUUGCUGGAUGUGUGGGAUAUGGAGGAGUACGAUAACACAAGAGAUGUCAACAGAGACAUGUUGCAGGAGCGAUUGCAGGAAAAGCAACUGGAGCCGGAACAUCGCAUGACCAGUUGGUUGAACCAAUUGCCCAGCCAUCCAGAGGACCAGGAGGAGACGGAGGGAAAUCCCGAUCUGGUGCCGGGAACAAAUCUUCCCAAGCUAUAUGGCGCCGUUGCAGCAGACUACUCGGAAGUUUUAGUCCUUGACACUAAUGGGCAUAUUAAAGAGCCACCAUUUAGUCCCAAAAAAGAAUCGUCUUUCAGCUUAAGACACGAGCAUUCCGUCUUACUGCCUGGACAGAACACGAUUAUCGAGUGCGAUUUCAAUCCCACCCCCGCUAAGAGGCCCAAAAUUAAACAUACCAAGGGAUUCUAGCUUAAGUUUAAGUGUACCAGAUUAAUUUUAAAAUUUACUUACAACAUACAUUUUAAAUUCUAAAAUCUGCAAAAACAUCCAGAAAUAA